AUGUCCACUGAUGAUAGCAGGCAAGAGUCCAACGCUAGUACGAUGCCAUCAACACCUGUCCAUUCUUCAGAUAAGCGUUCCUCCCCUCUGACCCCUGCAGAGCGGACUGGAGCCCCGCCAGGAGCUGGGAAAGAUGCAGUGAAACUUUUUAUCGGCCAGAUUCCCAGGCACCUAGAGGAAAAGGACUUGAGACCGAUGUUCGAAGAGUUUGGAAAGAUUUACGAGCUGACCGUACUCAAGGACAAGCACACAGGCAUGCACAAAGGUAAUAUUUUACAGGGUCAA